CAAAUAUACUGCAUAUAUUUACUCCACAUAAUCAGGAAUAUAAACAGAAACAAAGCAGUUGAGAUCUCAAUCCUUUUUAUUUUUACACUUUCCAUUUCCUCUCUUAUUUUCCUUCAUUACCGAAUCAAAAAACCUUAAAUCCCCAACAUCAUCGAAAAUCAUCUGAAAAACAUAAUCGUCUCGUUUUGUUACAAACAUGGGUCUCAAAUCUCUCUUCAGUCUCAAGAAAAAAACAACUAGCUCCCGCGGAAGCUCGCGCCGCCCGACGCCAAUGGUGUCGAGAACAGCCUCGAUGAACACACGUGCGCAAAUUGAGGAGGAACUCGAGCACGUGUUUAAGAAAUUUGAUGUGAAUGGUGAUGGCAAGAUCUCGGCUUCUGAGCUAGGAUCGAUCAUGGGAAGCUUAGGCCAUAAUGCCUCGGAUGAGGAGCUCGAAAGCAUGAUCAAGGAGGUUGAUGCGGAUGGCGAUGGAUUUAUCGACUUGAAAGAAUUUAUCGAGCUGAACACGGCCGACAUUGAUUCGGAGGAAGGGUUGGAGAAUUUACGCGAGGCGUUUUCGGUGUUCGAUAUCGAUAAGAACGGUUCGAUCACGGCUGAGGAGCUGCAGAACGUGUUGACGAGCCUAGGCGAAGAGAGUACAUUGGCUGAGUGUAGGAAGAUGAUCAAUGGGGUUGAUGCUGAUGGUGAUGGGAUGAUUAGUUUCGAUGAGUUUAAGGUUAUGAUGAUGCGGGGCGCGCGGUUCGAUGGACUCGGGUCGCAAUCGAACGGAGUCGAGAUCCAAGAUUGAGGGAGGGGAGGAGGGUUCUCGGAAUGUUCGUGUCGUGUUCAUGAUGUUUAUCUCAUGGUUUAAAUGUUAUUAUUGAUUAUUAAUUUCAUUUAUGGAAAAUAUAUAUUUGGAAAUAUUGAUUUAUUCUGUUA